AUUAUCCUUACCAAAAUAAAGUUCCCUUUUUUACCACUCUUCUAAAUCUGGGUCGUCUUCUUCUCUUUCACCCACGCCACCCAAUUUGAUUUUUCUCUCUCAUUCUCUUUUCCCUCUACCCAAACACCUCACACACACAACAAAAAACCAAAAAAAAUAAAAAAUAAAAAUGGGGGCGUACAGAGCCGAUGAUGAUUACGAUUACCUCUUCAAGGUGGUUCUGAUCGGCGACUCGGGUGUUGGCAAAUCGAACCUUCUCUCUCGCUUCACAAGGAACGAGUUCAGCCUCGAAUCUAAGUCCACCAUUGGCGUUGAGUUCGCCACCAGAAGCAUUCGCGUCGACGAUAAGGUUGUCAAGGCUCAGAUUUGGGACACUGCUGGUCAAGAAAGGUACCGAGCAAUUACAAGUGCAUAUUAUCGAGGAGCUGUCGGUGCUUUACUAGUCUAUGAUGUUACCCGCCAUGUUACAUUUGAAAACGUGGAGAGAUGGCUAAAAGAGCUGCGAGAUCACACAGAUGCCAACAUUGUGGUGAUGCUUGUAGGGAACAAAGCAGACCUGCGUCAUUUGCGAGCAGUUUCCACCGAAGAUGCUACUACUUUUGCGGAACGGGAGAACACAUUUUUCAUGGAAACAUCUGCCCUUGAGUCCAUGAAUGUUGAAAAUGCCUUCACAGAAGUGCUCACACAGAUCUAUCAUGUUGUAAGCAAGAAGGCCCUUGAGAUUGGAGAUGAUCCAGCUGCUUUACCGAAAGGACAAACAAUUAAUGUUGGAUCCCGUGAUGAUGUAUCAGCUGUGAAGAAAGCUGGAUGUUGUUCCGCUUGAGUACGUAGUUAAAGACAUUCUCUGUAUUUUUACUUUAAAUCCAUGCCCUGUUCAUACCAUGUAGAGAUUGGCCUGACAGCAUGAAGGUGUUUGUUUAGGGAGCAUCAAACUUCAAAGUUUCUGCUUUGUUCUGUACUGUAGAGAAUUCUGUUCAAAUUAGCCACAUUUUAGGAAACAUGCACAUUCAUUUUGCAUCAUUCCUAUUUUUUGUGCCAUUAUAAGAUAUUUAUUUAUAUAUUUUCAAGUU